AUGGCCUGGACUCCUCUGCUCCUCGUGCUCCUCUCUCACUGCACAGGGUCCCUCUCACUGGUUGUGCUGACUCAGCCGCCCUCCCUCUCUGCAUCUCCGGGAGCCACAGCCAGACUCACCUGCACCCUGAGUGGUGCUUCCUAUUCGUUCAGUGCUUACUGGAUAUACUGGUACCAGCAGAAGCCAGGGAGCCGUCCCCGGUACCUCCUGGCCUACAACUCAGACUCAAGUAAGGACCAGGGCUCCGGGGUCCCCAGCCGCUUCUCUGGAUCCAAAGACUCCUCGGCCAAUGCGGGGCUCCUGUUCAUCUCGGGGCUGCAGCCUGAGGACGAGGCUGACUAUUACUGUAUGACUGUAGAAAAUACUGAUUCCCACAGUGACACACACAGAUGGGGAAGGUCCAGGUCUCAGGCUGUGGUCACUCAGGAGCCCUCAGCGACCGUGUCCCCAGGCGUCACGGUCACUCUCACCUGUGGCUCCAGCACAGGGGCUGUCACUGAUGGUCUCUAUCCACAAUGGAUCCAGCAGAAGCCUGGCCAGGUCCUCACAACACUGAUUCAGAACACAAACAAUAAACACUCCUGGACGCCCGCCCGGUUCUCAGGCUCCAUCCAAGGGGGCAAAGCUGCCCUGACCCUCUCAGGGGCGCAGCCUGAGGACGAGGCCGAGUACUACUGUGCCCUGUGGUACAGCAGCCGUCCCCACAGUGACAGGGAGCUGGGGUCACAGUGA